CGCGGCUGGGCGUUGAUUGAUUUCUAAGCUCUCUGAUAACAAACCACCAAAGAAUUAACGUGCUAUCCUCAAUAUCGGAUAUCUUGACUAUCCUAUCCAAAGCCUGAAACUCGCUGCAAAACAUGCUCCCGACAUCCAAGAAAAGUUGCCGCCAGCCGAUUGGUCCGAACCAGCGGGUCGCCGAACGGGAUAGGAGAAACCUUGGAGCCCGAAGACAUUCAUUACUUCAUGCCCUUCGUUAAUCCAGAUCAUAAAUUCAAAUGCGCGCGGGGAUUAGGUGAAUUAUGCAUAUUAUCGGUGAUAUCGUGUUAUUUAACUGCGCCUAACUCCCUCGUUGUGUUUGACGGUCUGGGGAAGGUGUACAGACUAGAAGCAGGGCUUCAGCCCGAAAUAGACUCGAAAUCCGGAGGUUCCGAUGUAGAAGAGAGCGGGCAAUCCGAUUUUGAACAUGCUCGGAAUAUGCCUUGAAAUCACUUUCUGGCGCGGCAUGGGUACCAGAGAGUGAGGCGUAAAACGGGUUGGAAGGGUUGGUCGAAGAAGAAAGUAGUUAUUUAUAUUUAUAUGGCAAAAGUGUCAAAGCGAGAAAAACGACAAUCCUAACCCAAAUCGUCUAUUUAUCCAUCCAUAGCUAACUAACUUAUACAUAAAAAUAAAUAUACAAGUUACACCCAAACGUCACUAUUAUAUAUUUAUAUUCCAAGAACCUCCUCCAGCCAUGACACAACCAAUCCCCAGGACCACGAAGCAGUGGAGUCUCACCAGCCAGAAUGGCUUUGCAUCUCUUAAAUUCACAGAGGAGCCAGUGCCUGAGCUUGAAGAUCAUCAGGUUUUGGUAAAACUCCAAGGAGCGGCUCUAAAUGCCCGGGACCUCCUCAUUCUGCACGGGGUCUAUCCAAUUCUUAUUCGACCCAACGUAGUCCCUGGCUCCGACGGCGCCGGCACAAUCCUUGCCGUUGGCAAAAAUGUCACCCGCUUCAAGCCAGGCGACAAGGUCACAACAACUAUCAACCAAGCACACAUUGCAGGUCCAAUGACUGUACAAGCAUCACGAUCCGGGCUGGGCGGCACCUACCAUGGCACUCUACGUACCGUGGGCGCGUUUGACGAGCAGGGACUCGUCGCGAUGCCUAAGGGCCUAAGCUUCACUGAAGCCGCGACGCUCGGCUGCGCAGGGCUGACGGCCUGGAACGCCCUAUUCGGAUUGGCUGGGAAGCAGGUUAUGCCGGGCCAGUGGGUGCUGACGCAGGGCACUGGGGGGGUGAGUUUGUUUGCGAUUCAGUUUGCGAAGGCUGUGGGUGCCAAGGUGAUUGCGACGACGGGGUCGGCGGAGAAGGUGGGCUUGCUGGAGAAGCUGGGGGCAGAUCAUAUUAUCAACUACCAGGAGACGGCCGAGUGGGGCGUUGCGGCGAAGGCGUUGACGCCUGGCGGGCUUGGGGUUGAUAUUGUUGUGGACGUCGUAGGCGCGGCGACGCUUAAGCAGAGUGUUGCGAGUGUGAAGCUGGAUGGAAUUGUCAAUAUGAUUGGGUUUAUGGCUCCGCCACAACCUGGGGAAGGGGAUCCGAUGCCUGGGCUGAUUGAUGUUUUAAUGGGCGGGUUUACGGCACGGGGAGUCUGGACUGGAAGUAGGCUGCAGAUGGACGAGAUGUGCAGGGCCAUCGAGGCUAAUGUCGAUAAGCUGCGUCCUGUGUUGGAUUCGAAGGUCUUUACUCUCGAGCAGACUAGGGAGGCGUACGAGUAUCUGGCGUCUCGGAAGCACAAGGGGAAGGUGGCUAUUGAAAUAUCCUAGGGUUUGUGUAAUAUCAGAGAGGUGAACUAUUCGAACGCAAUACUCGGGACAAUAGGAAGAAACAUUUCUCUAUUUGAAGUAUAAGAAAGUGAUUCGUUGCUGAAGGACCCCUUCUCGUUGUUAGAGUUGGGGCAAAGAGGGAUUAACAUGGGUUGAAUAGUAAAUCCAAUGGAUCAUAACUACCUCCGCACCCAGUGUAGAUAGGAGUUCAUUUCCGUUUAACAGGUACUGAUAUAUAAGGAUCAGGUCAUGUGCACGUUGGUAAUUGACAUCGAUAAAUUUAAUACGACAUCCUUCCAUUGAACACUGGGG